GUAGUAAUAAAGCUUAUGCACAUAAAAAACAAUCAUGUAAGAAAAACCACAAUAUAAUCAUGUGUGGUUUUCUGUAACAUCUGUAUUUUAAUAGAAUUUUUGGCAUUAUGAUGUUUAAUUUCCGAAAGACAUAAGCAUUGUGGCAGAUUAUAAAGUUUCUUGAUGUUUUCUUGAGUUGAGGGGUCCCAAACAGAGGAUGCAUAUUCCAUCAUUGGCCUAACCAAGGUGUGCAGAACGAUAGUACCAUCAAACCUAGUUCAAUGUCUGUCACUUGGUUCAUCGUAGUGAUUACAAUUAGUAUUAUGUUUGUCUUGGGUUCAAAUCCACCCAAACUCUAGUGGGUGCCAGACAAUAGUUGAGGAAAUUUAAAGGCGGUUGGACGUUGUACUGGCCAAAUGACUUCCCCAUUAGCCAUAGGCCAUAGAAACAGCUGACCUUACAUCUUCUGCCAAAUAGAUAGCUAGCAUCAUUGUGCAUCUGUCCGAAGCCGGAGCCGAGCAUAUUUUUGAAGGUCACUGAAAAUAAAACGGUAAGAAGACCAUCGCGAUGUGUCGGAGGUCUAGUCCAAGGCUGGGACUAUGCCUACUUUAUUGGAACCAUCAAUUUGAAAUGGUAUAAACUUGAAGUGUUGUAUGUUGGCUUUAAAGUCUUGCUCUCAGAUGGAAUCAUGCGCAUAGUCUGUAACCUCACCACCAACUGCAACAUGUACAACCCGAGACGUAGAAAGGACCUUUUCCACUGUGAAUGUACGCCCCAUGAAAUGAACAACCUGACAGUGUACUUGAACAUGAGUGCCCGAGACGUAACCGCGAAAGCGGUCAUUUACGUCUGGGCCAUUCAACCCGACUACAAAUUUAGCCCCGGUAUCGUGUUCAAAACACCAGUCUUUAAAGAAUAUGAAAAUAUCAAGUGCUAUGCAAGGGGUGCAAGUACGAACAAAGGAAACUCAUUAAAAGAAGACUUCAUUGGAAGGAACAAAGAGUGUACUGCUUUUGGUCUCAUCGUGUUUUGUAUGCUGAUUGAAUGGGGCAAGAUAACUUGAACUAGUGUACAUGAGCGUCUGUUAUAAUAGGAGUAUCACUUCUCAUCUACGAUCAUAUCAAGUAACAUCUUUGAAUUUGGAAAUGAUACGUUAGCGUUUCGUUCCUCCAUCAAUGAAGAACACUUGUCUUAGUCGAAACAAAAUUAACUAAUAAUAAUUUUAAAAUAAUGUAAAACAAAAAUAAAUAGAUAAAUGUGCA